AUGGCUUCUGUUCAUUCGAAAUUUGACGCUGAGCAUCGAGAUCAUGUCGAGCAGGUGUUCAAGCCGGAUGACACGGCUGCCGAUGCCGCCGCCAUGGGCCAAGCAACCUCGGGAUAUGAGAGCUUGUCUCUGUGGCAGACAGCCAAGAUGUUCAAAGUCGCAACUAUUACCUGCUUUGCAGCUGCGUUCAGUGCUGCUACGGAUGGGUAUCAAAUCGGUAUGAAUGGAAGCAUCAUCGCCAACCAAGGCUUUGUCAAGCAAUUCGCAACGGAUGUCACUGCCAAGGGAACCCCAUACCUUGGGUCUCCAGUCUUGGCUGGCUGGAGUUCCAUCAUGUCGGUCGGCCAAAUCAUAGGCAUGGUUACGAUUCCCUUCAUAUCUCGCAGAUUUGGUCGGAAAAUCGCCAUGUAUACCUACUGGCUCAUUCUGACAGCCAGUGUUCUGGCAGAAAGUCUGGCAAGAUCAUGGCCAGUCUGGCUCAUCGCCAAACUUCUCGCCGGAAUCGGUGUUGGCUGCCUCCAGUCAACCUUGCCUGUCUAUAUCUCGGAAUGUGCCCCAGUUCGUAUCCGUGGUGGUCUCUUGAUGUGCUAUAGUCUGUGGUGGACUAUCGGGUCUUUCUUCGCUUAUAUCGCUCUCCAGACGUUGAGCAAACAGAGUCCCACCACUUGGCUGACACCGGUCUACACUCAGUGGAUUCAGAUUGGCAUCAUGAUCAUUAUCUAUGUCUUUCUUCCUGAAUCCCCGGCUUGGUGUGCCACACGAGGCGAUGGCGAGCGUGCGAAGAGAGAAUUAUUAAAGCUUAAUCGUGGUGUGAAGGACUACAACCUGGAGCAGCAAUACGAAUUACUUGUUCUGACAGUCGAACAUGAAAAGCAAGUCGCGGAAGAACAGAAGAGUCAGCAUUGGUACGCCAUCUUCCGAGGGACCGAUGGGCUUCGGACCGCCAUAUCCCUCUGGCCAAAUUUGACACAGCAAUUUAUCGGUCUUACCCUCUUUGCGACCUUUGGUACAUACUUCUUCCAGCAAGCUGGUCUCUCGGAUCCUUUCAAGAUCAAGUGUAUCACGUCUGCUAUCAACAUCACCACCUUACUUACGGUCGUCCUCGUGUCUGACCGGAUUGGCCGACGUAAGAUUGCGUGUUAUGCCACUAGCACUACAUGGACAUGUUGCGUGGUGAUUGGAAUCCUUGGUCUGGUUCCCCAGACUACCGUGUCCAAAAAUCUCUUUGUCCUAUUUGUUUGUCUCUGGAAUGUCGGUCAGGUCUCCAAUGGAGCGGCUGGCUGGGGUUAUAUUGCCGAAACCUCGGCAUUACGCCUGCGACCCCAUACGGCAGGCUUUGGUGCUGCUGUCAGUUGUGUUGCCGGAGUUGUGAUGAAUGUCCUCACUCCAUAUAUGGUGAAUGCCAAUAAGUGGAAUUGGGGCUUCAAGACUGGCUGGUUCUAUGCCGGUGUCGGCCUCCCUUUCCUGAUUGGCACAUGGCUGCUUCUUCCUGAGACUAAAGGACGUUCCGCCGCUGAGCUUGAUGAGCUAUUUGAACGCAAGAUCAAGCCUAUCCAUUUCGCAAAGACUGAGACAGCAACUCAACGUUUGGUCAGGGCUAAUGAUAAUGUUUAA